AUGCCAGAGGUCGAAUUUGUCAAAAAAACGGGGGCCAAUGAGAAACGAAGCUUGACGGCAGCCUACUCGAUGCCGAAAGAGCUGCAGCAGGGAUUACAAAAUGACGCAGGAGAAGAUCAGCUAAAGAACAAAUCGGAGGCCAAGAGUGUCUACGCCAGAGAGUCAGAAUACCAACGGCAGAGGUUUAAUUUAGAGCUGGGACAACCUUCUUCUAAGAGGCCGUUGGACGAAGGUGAGUCUGCAGUCGAGAAAAAUAAGAAUGAUAAUAAUGAUAAUAGCAGCAACAAGAGGUCAAGGUGGGAUAUCACAGAGACAAAUGAUGACAAGACUCAUUCCGCAGCUCCACCAAAAUCAACGGAGCAGAGUAGAAAAUCCAGAUGGGAUGUUGAGAAAGCUUACCAGAUGCCUGAAACCAAUAGAAAAGACACCAAAGAGCUAUCUAAAGAGCUGAUAACAGACAUUCCGGGAACGCAGGAUCUUCAGUUUUUUAAGCCCACGGACAGGGCCCAUUUCGGUGAGCUCUUGAGCCAAAAGGUAGAAUUUACAGAGGAAGAAGAUAAAGAUCGCCAAUUCCUGCGGCUUCUACUGAGAAUAAAAAAUGGUAAGCCACAGACUAGAAAAUUAGCAAUGCGUGCAUUAAGGGAUCGUGCACUUGACUUCGGGGGACCUCGAAUAUUUAAUCGCUUGUUACCAAUUCUGAUGGAUAGAACUCUGGAAGACCAAGAGCGCCAUCUGAUGAUUAAAGUCGUCGAUCGCAUUCUCAACCAGCUUCAAGAUUUGGUCAAACCUUACACACAUCGCAUUUUGGUUGUGAUCGCCCCUACUCUUAUAGACGAAGAUCCAGUCACAAGAGAUAUAGGCAGGGAAAUAAUUUCUCGAUUAGCACACUGCGUAGGUUUGGCCACAAUCAUUACAAAUGUUCGUACAGAUAUCGAUCAUCAGGAUGAAUACGUACGAAACAUAACUUCAAGAGUUCUCGCGGUGGUAGCCAAGGCGCUUGGUGUGUCAACUAUGAUUCCCUUUUUAAAGGCUGUUUGCCAUUCGCGCAAGUCAUGGCGCGCCAGGCAUACCGGUAUGAGAAUCAUUCAACGUAUUGGAAUAUUUAUGGGAAUUGGAGUUUUGCCCUACCUUCAAUCUUUAAUCGAGUGCAUAAGUGACAGUCUAAGCGACGAACAAUUGCCCGUUCGUAUCGCCUCAGCACAAUGUAUUACGUCUUUAGCACAAAGCACGUUCCCUUAUGGGAUUGACACUUUUAAUGUUGUUUUAGAACCAUUAUGGAGAGGCAUAAGAACCCACAGAGGUAGGGCGCUUGCAUCAUUCUUACGUGCCCUGGGGUUUCUGAUCCCGUUGAUGGACGCUGAAUAUGCCGGUUACUAUACACAGGAAGUAAUGAGAAUUGUACGGAGAGAAUUUCACUCUCCGGACGACGAAAUGAAAAAAGCAGUUUUAUUGGUAUUACAAAAAUGCUGCUCAACAGAAGGCCUUACUCACAAAGAGAUCAAAGAAGAGGUAAUGCCGGAAUUUUUUCGCAAUUUCUGGAAUCGCCGUAUUGCCUUAGAUCGUCAAAUUAGCAAAAUUGUCAUUCACACCACAGCUGUACUCGCAGAGAAAAGCGGGUGUGCCUUUUCAAUUAACCAAUUACUCAAUCCUCUCAGAGAUGAGUCAGAGCCUUUAAGAGUGAUGGCCGUUCGGGCUGUGAGCAAAAUGAUAAAAUCUCUGGGCUCUCAAGAUAUUGAUCGAAGAUUAGAGACCAGGUUGAUUGAUGCACUACUAAUUGCUUUUCAGGAGCAAACUAAUGAGGAUCGAACCAUACUUUAUGGGUUUGGAACAGUGAUAGAGUCUCUGGAUACCAGAAUGCAACCAUAUUUACCACCACUUGUGAGCACGGUCCUACAGCGAUUGAAACACAAGGUGCCUGUUAUUCGUCAACACGCAGCUGAUUUGUGCGCUAUGAUGGUACCUGCUAUAAGUAAUUGCAGGGAGCAGGCCAUGCUUAAUAAACUCAACAUCAUCAUGUUUGAGUCUCUCGGUGAAGUAUACCCCGAAGUAUUGGGCGCUAUCAUAGGAGCCAUGGCUCAAAUAGUAGCAUGCGUAGAUUUUGCUAAACUGCAACCUCCAGCCAACCAGAUUUUGCCAAACCUUACUCCAAUAUUGCGAAACCGUCAUAGGAAAGUUCAACAGAAUAGUAUAGUGUUGAUCGGAAAAAUCGCUGACAAGGGUCCUGAAAGCGUGCCACCUAAAGAAUGGAUGAGAAUAUGUUUUGAGCUGCUAGAAAUGCUUAAAAGUCCAAACAAGUCAAUCAGAAGAGCUGCAACCAGUACGUUUGGCAGAAUUGCCAAAACCAUAGGACCCCAAGACAUACUCGUUGCUUUGUUAAACAACUUGAAGGUACAGGAGCGGCAACUUCGUGUCUGCACCGCCGUCGCUAUUGGAAUUGUGGCAGAAAAUUGCGGAACAAUUACAGUUCUACCUGCUAUCAUGAAUGAGUACAAGACGCCAGAUACAAAUGUUCAGAAUGGUGUUCUAAAGGCACUGUCUUUUAUGUUUGAAUACAUCGGUGGCAUGUCUAAGGACUAUAUAUAUGCCACCAUUCCACUUUUACAAGACGCCUUAACUGAUAGAGACCUAGUCCAUCGCCAGACAGCUGCCACGGUCACAAGACACUUAGCUUUAAAUUGUAUGGGCAAGGGGUAUGAAGACGCUUUCUUGCAUCUAAUGAACUUGCUCAUGCCAAAUAUCUUCGAAACCUCUCCUCACGUAAUCGUCCGCAUUACAGAAGGUAUUGAAGCGUUACGAAAUGCGCUAGGCCCUGGCAUUGCCUUGAACUAUAUUUGGGCAGGUCUUUUUCAUCCAGCGAAAAAUGUACGGAAGGCAUUUUGGAAUCUUUACAAUAACACCUACGUUCAAUGCUUAGAUUCUAUGGUGCCCUUCUAUCCGCAAGUGGAAGAUGAUCAAAACUACAUGAUAGAAGAGUUCGAAGCUCUUCUAUAA